AUGGAAACCGGUGCUGGCAGAAACAGGAGAAUUGUCGUGGCUUUCUGGCUUACUCUUAUCAAUAACCCCAAGAAAGCUGCCAUCCUCAUCUUCAUCUUCGUGGUCGGGUCCGUUGUGUAUGUGCUGCGAUGUAACAUCAGCACACUGGAGUUUCAGAAUAAAAUGACCUCCACCUUCACCAUGCUGAGAGUCUUCCCUGUCCAAAAACAUCAGCCUGCUAACUGCAGCCACCAGCAGCUGUCACCUGAUGAACGCCGCCUGCUGGACUCCAUCGCUUGGCCUGAAACCCCUCCCCUCCCUGUGCCCAUAUCCCUGAAGGCAACCUCUGACCCCACCCACAGCACCUUCACAAUCCUGCCGGUGAGGGCAGGAGGUCAGUGGUAUGUCGGCGAUGAGCUGGAGGCUCUAAUCCAAAUUGGUGACUUCCAGGGUCGUCCAAAACACUUCGGGGGAGAUUUCCUGGUUGCCCGGCUGCAUGACCAGACCCUCGGUGCAGGCGUGGCCGGGCGAGUGGUGGACCACCUGAAUGGCUACUACACCGCUGUAUUUCCAUUACUCUGGGAGGGACGAGCACAAGUUGAGGUGACGCUGGUUCACCCCAGUGAGGCCAUCACGGUGCUGCGCAGGCUGAACAUGGAGUACCCAGACCGAGUUGAGUUCAAGAGCCUCUUCCGCUCCGGCUCUGUCUCUGAAACAAUGGUUUGUAACAUCUGCCUGCCUCAAAACCAACCACUGUGCAACUACACCGACCUCCACACAGGGGAGCCGUGGUUCUGCUACAAGCCAAAGAAUCUGAGCUGUGAUACCAGGAUCAACCACUAUAAAGGAUAUGUGAGUCAAAACCUCAUGGCCAAGGAGGAGACGCUCUUUGAAAGUGGGGUCAACAUGAAAGUCUCCAUUCAUGCAUCAGGGCCUGACAAAGUAACUGUGCUGCCAAAGGAGCAAGACCUCAAGGUGUUUAAUUUGCACAGCAGCACGCAGUGUGGACCCUUCAUGGCUGUGGACACGGCCCGAAACAUCUUGGUGAAGUUUCACUGCCACGCCCCUCCAAUCCGUUCCUACACCGUCUCAUCCAUCAAACUCAGCUAUGUUGCCAACGAGCUGGACUGGCUGGAUGGAGGCUCCAACACUGUCGUGGUUUUCACCAUCUGGGCUCACUUUGGCACUUAUCCCGUCGGGGUGUACCUACGGCGACUUCAGAGCAUCCGCAAGGCGGUGCAGCGGCUGCUGGACAGAGCUCCUGACACGCUGGUGGUCAUCCGGACAGGAAACCUCAAGGCCUUGAAUCUUGACGUGGCGCUGAGCAAUAGUGACUGGUACUCCCUGCAGCGGGACAAGGUGCUCCGGGCCGUGUUCAAAGGGCUGAACGUUCACCUGGUGGAUGCCUGGGAUAUGGUCCUGGCCCACCAUUUGCCCCAUGACCUUCACCCGCCGCCCCCCAUUAUCAAGAACAUGAUAGACGUCCUCUUGUCCUACAUAUGCCCGCCAAAAAAUGGCUAAGUGGGCCUCAUUUAUCAGUUUAUAAGUUUUGUACAAAGGACUGCAGAUUUGAGUGCCAAGAAGCACUAAAAAAUUGCUCCAUGUGCAAUUUAUGAAACAGUCACACCUCCUCAAAACAACCAAUGAUCAUAUUGAUUACAAUAAGUGAGAGAAUUGAUAUUUAUCUCAAAAUCAAACAUUUUACUCGCGGUUGAAAAAUUACACACUCUCAGAUGAGACACCAAAGAUGAAACAGGUAAAUGACAAUCCUGUUGGUGAAAUGAGCAAACAUUAUAACUUAUAUUUCAUCCUACACCACUUUGAGAAAUGAUCCACAGUGUAUGCUAAAGAGUCUAUUUAGCACACCGGAGCCACUGAUCUACCAGGGACACAUGAAUGACAUUUGUCUCUGACACAGCAGGUCGAUUGGCCGAGCAGGCCGCUAUCUGAAAAACUGAAUUACUUCACCAGUUACUGCAGGUAAAAGUAAUUAGU